GAAAAAUGGUGGCGGAACCAACUGAAUUUCGAAGCGAGGAAGAGAAAGAGAGAGAUAGAGAGCGAGACACGGAGCAAGUGGGAGCUACAAGAGAUUCUCCGCAGCGCUUCGCGUUAAAAUAAAAGAAUGGUGUUACGCAGGAAGUUGGAAAAAUGUGUGCAGUUGCGUUUUGCUCACUCGUCGAUUCCGUGGUAAACUUCCAGCACUGGUAGCCAACUUUCGCUGGACUUGUGGUUGCACCGAGGAAAACCUAUCCCAUACGCAUACGUAAUGCGAGUUGGGAAAUUGAACGUGAUCUUUUGUUGAAUCGAGUCCACAGGAAGGAGUGAGCUGUCUGUGCGAGUACGCCGCGAAGUCUACGUAUACCCAUCGUGAGGUCAAGUGUGCCGAUCACAAGCAGAGUGUGCAAGCAAGCGCAGCAGUAGAGCAGAAGCCAGCAGCCAGCAGCGGGCGCACACCGGGACCGGAAGUCGUCUCGGCCAGAGCGAAGCGCAAGAAGUCGUCUUGCAGCGAUCACCAAUCAACAGUAAAGAGCGCGGGGCAUUGUCCUUUUGUCCAUCAAUCAACAAAAACACACACAUAUACCCGCGCGCAGCAUCAGCGGCUCGGUGUCCGGUGUAACCGUUCACAUUCUUUCGUUCGAAGCAGAGGUGCAGAAAGCCGUAUAGAGAGAUGGCAUUAAAAAGAAUUAACAAGGAACUACAAGACUUGGGGAGAGAUCCUCCGGCACAAUGCUCAGCAGGUCCAGUUGGGGACGACCUAUUCCACUGGCAAGCUACAAUCAUGGGCCCGCCAGACAGUCCGUAUCAGGGAGGCGUAUUCUUCUUAACAAUACACUUUCCUACAGACUAUCCGUUUAAACCGCCUAAAGUGGCUUUUACUACACGCAUAUAUCACCCAAACAUAAACAGUAACGGGUCGAUUUGCCUCGACAUUUUACGAUCUCAAUGGUCACCCGCGCUCACCAUAUCUAAGGUGUUGCUUUCAAUCUGCUCUCUGCUAUGUGAUCCAAAUCCAGACGAUCCGCUGGUGCCCGAGAUCGCCAGAAUAUAUAAAACGGAUCGGGAAAAAUAUAACGAACUUGCCCGGGAGUGGACACGAAAGUAUGCUAUGUGAUGCGUUCCAGACGAAGCAUUACAUCUAGCUUACUGUAGUAGCAUCAGAAGAAACAGCAGCGGCAGUGGCGUUGGCGGCGGCAAAAACAUCAGCAGCAGCAGCAGCAGUGGCGACGGCAGAAGAGACAGUUUCACCUUCCUUAUUAGCAACAACAACUACAUCAUAAACUUUAGCAUCGGCAGCAGCAAUGUAACAAGCCACAAUACUGGCGUCGGCAUAAAUCGCACCGGGCAACGUAAUGAGAGCAUCACCAACAUCGACCACAAGAUCACGCUGGUCGUAUGCUUCAGCAGCAACAACAACGCUAGCAGCGGCACCCUCAAAAUGAAAAGCUUAAACGUAAACGACGAGCAGAAGCAGCAGGAGGUCGAAGCAGCUCAGGCAGCGCUCGAUCAUCAGCUGAUGUAUGGGCUACUCCUACUCCUCCCUGUCUGCUUUCACGCCAACAACAUCGCCGGCGAUGGGCAGCAACAGCAGCAGCAGCAGUGCAACUUGAUUGGAGCAGCGUCUUCGACCGGUGGUGCGGGCCAACUUGUUGAGCAGGCGGACUUCAGCUGCGCGGUCUGCGUCAUCUUUUCCAACUAUCGUCACGUCAAGAAAUACCACCACUGCGUGCACUACAUCAAUUCUAUCAGUGGUAACAUAUGCAACAACCAAGCGGCCGUCGGUGGCGAUGUGGUCGACGACUGGUGCGACUGAUUUCCAAAACUCCCUAAGAAACAGGGGGCCUGUAGAAAUUGAUCGAAAGCGGGGUUCCUUUCUAAUCCAUUUCCGUUCCAUUCCCAGUUGUACCUUUCCUCUCCCACCGUCUUACGCAUGGUAGGCAGCGGUGAAUGAUGCUAUUUUCCGUUAUUUGAAAUCAAUGCUUUCCAAGCCUACUAGAAUUAGGCCAGGUCUGACAGAGAACCACGUUUACGGACGGUAAUCAAUCAUCAAACCAACCCGCCGUGUGUUCAAUUUCCUCUACUAAUUUCCAUCUAAUUCUCUCAACUUCCUUCCACCCAUUUCCUUGGAGCAGCUACAAUUUGUACGGUGGUGCGCGUGUUUGGUGUUCCUACAUUAUUUAUCAAUGCCAAUUCAAUAAUUGUCGACUAGAGCACCAUGCACACACAAACACAACGUCACAAAGGGAAACUGUUUAUAUCUAAUGGUUUGUUGUAAUUGCUCCUCUUUUUAUACCCCCCCCUCCCCCUCUUUUCCUUUCCCGCUUACAUCUCUUUUUCUUCGUCCAUCAUUUCCUUUCACCGAUCCCCCUUCAUCUACAGUCCAGAGGAACAAAUACACCCGCCGAUAUUCAAUCGCCGUUUUGCUCUUCAGCUGCUCUAGCUCGCCUUCGCUGCGCCGCGCCAUCCUCCACCCUAAAACCACACACAAAUGCAUGGGUGCGCAAAACAACAACAGAAUGCACUGGAGGUUUUUUUUUAAUUAUCGAUAGCAGCGUCUAUAUUUAUUCCGUCUGAGUUAAUUCACAAAUUAUUUUUUCUUCAGCAAUUGAGUCCUAUGGUUGGUUUUGGAUAAUGAAAAAUCGCCGUUUUAUGCUAUUCGGUCGUGCGGUUGAUAGAUCGAUUUUUUAUGCGCUGUACCGCCAACACCCGGCAAACACAGCGAUUGAAUGCAAGUAUAUGGAGAAUCCAGUGGAACUAAACAGCGGUAGCGAGGAAGGGAAAGUCAGGCAAGGAAAAUCGCAGCGCGAGUUAGAGUGAUGGGAGCAGAGGUGGUAGGCAUAGGUAGGCAGUAGGAGAUCGGCACGCAUCCGAACAGUGCAGGACGCAGGAGACGCGCAGACGAAUGGAUCGCUGGAAUUUAGGGAAACGUAUUAGGGAAAGGUAAUAUAGCUGAAUAUUAGAGAACUAAAGAUGAUCCUCAUGAUCCGCAUCAAUAAUUUAGUAUAUUUGGUCGUCCGAGAGCGAGCAAGAAAACGCAUACAGUUUGCGAUAAAUUUAACUCACAUGCGCGAGAAAGAUGUGCUUAAAGCAUCUUGCAACAAACAGAGAGAUCCGCAUGCGAAGGGAAAGGCAAAGAUAUGUUGUGUGUAAAAAAACUUAAACAAUAGAAAACAAAAAAAAAAGAUACACCACAGAUAGAUCUAGAAAAAUUACUUUUGUUCAAAUAGGUAAAACCAGAAAGUGGCAACAAAACAAAAACA